ACAUCAGUGAGCAUUUAUAUAUGCUGUUGUGCGCGGUUCCCAUAAUGCAAAAUGAGGAUUACCUAUUUCUGCUUAUUUCUUGUGCUCGUGAUUUCUGUGUGCACUAGCGUAUCUGCACAACGCCAACGCUACAGAUGGUCAUCCCCGGAAUCGCGGAAUUCGCGUGACAGCUCACCUGAAUACGGAUACUUUAGGAGGAGACAAAAUGGAGGCACAGGUCCAUUGGAAGAGGCGUGGGUUCCUGAAAGUCCCUGGGGCUAUGGAAUUGGCUUUCCUUAUCCUGACACGGAGCGUGGGUCAAGAACUUUAUACCGUAGAGCCUUUCGUGCAUACAACUUUGGGAAAUAAAACAGCUCUGCCGACAUUCUAACACAAU